GGCGGGCUCAGCUGCCGGCCGGGGUGCCAUGGGUGGCCGCAAUAAGAAGCAGCGAGCGGGCAGCGCGGCUCAUACCGCCUCUGCCGCCACCGCUGCCGCCCGUGCUCGGGCUGCUGCCGAGGCCGGCGCCGCCGCUGCUGCCGCGGAGGCGAACAGCCGGGGGGCGGCCCGGCCGCCGCCCUCCUCCAAGGAGCCGCGUGUUAAGCAAGGUCCAAAAACUUACAGUUUCAGUUCAACAACAGAGUCUAGUGCUGCUGCAAAUCUAGAUAAAUCUAUUCUUAAGGUGAUGAUAAAUGGUAAUUUGGAGAAAAGGAUUAUUGAUAUAAUCAAUGACCACAAGAAACAAAAUGAUGACAAAGGAAUGAUUUCCAGACGACUUACUGCUAAGAAACUACAGGAUGUAUACAUGGCUUUACAAAGAUUCUCUUUUAAGACUGAGCACAUUGAGGAAGCAAUGAAAAAUACACUUUUACAUGGUGGUGAUCUUCACUCUGCACUUGAUUGGCUGUGUUUAAACCUUCCUGAUGAUGCCUUGCCUGAUGGUUUUAGCCAGCAGUUUGAGGAACAGCAACAGAAACCCAGAGCAAAGUUUUGUUCUCCUGUGUCACGACAUGAACUCCCACCUCACUCAAUAGAUAACAAAAAGAAAAAAACUGCCCCCGAAACUAAGGAGACCAAUGUGGGGAAGGAAAAAGAAGUAAGUGUGAAGGAAUGGAUUUUGCGAUAUGCUGAGCAACAGAGCGAUGAAGAGAAGAACGAGGCUGCAAAAGAAACAGAUGAAGAAAAGUUUGACCCAAAUGACAGAUAUGUACAGCUGGCUGCCAAACUUUCGGAACUGAAGGAACAAGCAAGCAUUUCCAAGCAAGACAAAGACAAGCAAGGCCAGAAAGUAGCACAAGAGAAAAUCAGAAGAAUUCAGCAAGAAAUGGCAAUACUUGAAGAACAUCCAGUGUUUAAUCCAGCUAUAAAGAUUUCAAACCAGAACCAAAAUGAAAAGAAAAAAGCUCCAUCCUCCCAGCCACAAGAAACAACUUUGAAUUUGAGCUUGCUUGAAAAACCUGAAGGUGCUGCAAAGGAAGAAAAAGUGAAAAAGAGAGAACCGCUAGAUGUAAGAAAUUUUGAUUAUAGUGCUCGAAGCUGGACUGGUAAAUCUCCAAAGCAAUUUUUGAUUGACUGGUGCAGGAAGAAUUUUCCCAAGAGCCCAAACCCUGCGUUUGAAAAGGUACAAGUUGGAAAAUAUUGGAAAUGUAGGGUCAGGAUUGUCAAAUCAUCAGAUGAUGUAAUGACGAUGUGUCCUACAAUUCUAACAGAAGAUAGUAUGCAAGCACAACAUCUAGCUGCUACUUUGGCACUCUAUCAUUUAACCAAAGGACAAUCUGUUCAUCAGUUGCUGCCUCCUACUUACCGAGAUGUGUGGCUGGAAUGGAGAGAUAUUGAAAAGAAAAAGGAAGAAGAAAACAAGAUGGAAACCAACAAACCUCGUGAUAACUUUAUUGCUAAAUUACUAAACAAACUCAAACAACAACAACAGCUACAGUCUGAAAACCAACCAAAAGUAUCUGAGGGUCCUGAAGAUACUUGGGAAAACUUAGUUUCUGAUGAGGACUUCAGCAGUCUCUCCCUUGAGACAUCAGAGAGAGAGAAUUUGGAACCUUCAAGGAUUUUGUUCAAAAAGCUGCAAAGUUCCUCCAGAUACCAGAGGCUUCUGAAAGAGAGACAGGAGUUACCUGUGUUUAAACACAGACACUCAAUAGUAGAAACCCUUAAAAAACAUAGAGUAGUUGUUGUUGCUGGUGAAACAGGCAGUGGAAAGAGUACCCAGGUGCCUCAUUUCUUGUUGGAGGAUUUAUUAUUAGAUGAAGGAUCAAGUAAAUGUAAUAUUGUUUGCACACAACCCCGAAGAAUCUCAGCAGUGAGUCUCGCAACCAGGGUUUGUGAGGAGCUAGGCUGUGAAUCAGGACCAGGAGGAAAAAAUUCCCUGUGUGGGUAUCAAAUUCGUAUGGAAUCGAGAACAGGAGAAGCCACCAGACUACUGUACUGUACAACAGGUGUCCUGCUUCGAAAACUUCAAGAAGAUGGUCUUCUCUCAAGUAUAUCUCAUGUUAUUGUAGAUGAGGUACAUGAAAGAAGUGUCCAGUCUGAUUUCUUGCUAGUUAUUCUGAGGGAGAUCUUGCAUAAGCGUUCAGACCUGCAUCUGAUUUUAAUGAGUGCUACUGUAGACAGUGAGAAGUUUUCCAGCUAUUUCUCACAUUGUCCUAUUUUAAGGAUCUCGGGGAGGAGUUACCCUGUUGAGAUUUUCCAUGUUGAAGAUGUAAUUGAAGCAACUGGCUAUGUUCUGGAGAAAGACUCAGAAUAUUGUCAGAAGUUCUUGGAGGAGGAGGAGGAAGUAACAAUAAAUGUUACUAGUAAAGGAGGAGGCACUACAAAGCAUCAGGAGCAUGUCCCAAUCCAGUCUGGAUCUGUUAUUGACUUGGCUCCUUACUAUGCAAAGUACAGCAGUCGUACACAGCAAGCUGUUUUCUAUAUGAACCCUUACAAGAUCAACCUUGAACUUAUUUUGGAGUUGCUCUCAUACUUAGAUAGAAGUCCUCAGUUCAAGAAUAUUGAGGGUGCUGUGCUGAUCUUUCUACCAGGUCUUGCUCAUAUCCAACAACUGUAUGAUCUCAUUUCAACUGACAGAAGAUUUAAUUUGUGUGACAGGCACAGAUUGAUAGCUUUGCAUUCUGUUCUUUCGACUCAAGAUCAAGCAGCUGCAUUUACAAUACCACCUCUUGGUAUUAGAAAGAUUGUUUUGGCAACCAAUAUAGCAGAAACGGGUAUUACAAUACCAGAUGUUGUCUUUGUAAUUGAUACUGGAAGAACAAAAGAAAAUAGGUAUCAUGAAAGUAGUCAGAUGAGUUCCCUGGAGGAGACCUUUGUUAGUAAAGCCAGUGCGCUGCAGCGACAAGGAAGAGCCGGGCGUGUUAGGGAUGGAUUCUGCUUCCGAAUGUACACAAAAGACAGGUUUGAAAGCUUCAUGGAAUAUUCUGUUCCAGAAAUAUUACGUGUGCCUUUGGAAGAACUAUGCCUUCAUAUUAUGAAAUGCAGUCUUGGCUCUCCUGAAGAUUUCCUUUCCAGAGCAUUAGACCCACCACAACAGCAAGUAAUUGGUAAUGCAAUGAACCUGUUGAGGAAGAUAGGGGCUUGUCUGUUAAAUGAGCCCAAACUGACUCCAUUGGGCCAACACCUUGCAGCCCUUCCUGUCAAUGUGAAGAUUGGCAAAAUGCUAAUAUUUGGUGCUAUAUUUGGCUGCUUGGAUCCUGUGGCAACUCUGGCUGCUGUUAUGACAGAAAAAUCCCCAUUUACCACACCAAUUGGUCGAAAAGAUGAAGCAGAUCUUGCAAAAUCAUCUCUUGCAAUGGCAGUGUCAGACCAUAUAACUAUCUACAACGCUUAUUUGGGGUGGAAAAAGGCUCGACAAGAAGGGGGGUAUCGUGCUGAAAUGACUUACUGCAGACGAAAUUUCCUAAAUAGGACUUCACUGUUAACUCUGGAGGAUGUGAAGCAAGAACUUAUAAGGGUGGUCAGAGCAGCUGGAUUCACAGCACCCGCAAUGCAAUGCGGAUGGAAUGGAAAUGGAGCCACGCAACCCCUUUCUCUCCAUGAAAUAUCUCUUCUUAAAGCUGUGUUGACUGCAGGACUGUAUGAUAACGUAGGAAAAAUAAUGUAUACAAAAUCUGUGGAUAUUACAGAGAAGCUGGCUUGCAUUGUAGAAACACCUCAGGGUAAAGCACAAGUGCAUCCCUCCUCUGUAAAUCGAGACUUACAGACAUAUGGAUGGCUUCUUUACCAGGAGAAGGUGAGGUACACUAAAGUGUAUUUGAGAGAGACUACUUUAAUAUCCCCCUUUCCCAUCUUGCUUUUUGGUGGGGAUAUAGAAGUCCAGCAUCGGGAGCGUCUCCUGACAGUUGAUGGCUGGAUCCAUUUUCAGGCUCCUGUAAAGAUAGCAGUAAUUUUCAAACAGCUGAGAGUUCUCAUUGAAUCUGUUUUAAGGAAAAAGCUUGAAAAUCCUAAAAUGUCACUUGAAGGUGACAAGGUGUUGCACAUCAUCAAAGAACUGAUAAAAACAGAGAAUGAGGAUGCUUUAUAAGAAGAUAGCAUGGACUGCUGUGGACAAGUGCUCAGCUGCACCAGAGUACUGAUCAGCUGCUCAUCCUCUGCCUCGUCACACACUUGUUCCUCCCUAUUCACUCUGGUCUUUCUUUCUCCCUCUGCUACUGUAAUAAGUUUUGCUGCCUCUUUCAUAUUUUCAAGUUUUGCACAGUCCUGCCAAGCCCCUCAAAAUUAUGAUCACGAUGUCUGGUUUUUUUCCCCCUUUAUUGAUGAAAGUUCACCUCAAUGCUCUUCAAGGCUAUACCAGAGCAGUUUAAUUGGUUAUUAGUACAUCAACCAGUGCCUGAAGCCUUCUGGUCUUCAUUUUUGUCUCCUACCACUUGCUUUGUAAUGUUUGUGUGUUGAUAUGUUCUUUCUUAUUUCUUUUACUAGCUAAUCCUUAGUCAAGUAUCUUAAUGAGCCAGAUGCUGUUUUCCACCUAUCCGUACCAUUUAAGAUUACUUAAGAUUAUGAAGUGAAAUUUUAGAUUACCAACUCAUCUUUCAAGCAUGAGGAAUAUUUUGGGGGCGAGGGAGGGUUUGCUGUUGAACAGUUGGAACACUAUGUGCAAGCAGAAGCAUAGGUCAGAAGAUUUUGCACAGUAGAGGUUAAUAGUGUACAGAAAGAGUAGUGAUGAAAAUGCAUUAACAUGCAAAAUACACAGAGCGAUCCAGUUACAUUAUCACAGGUGAACUGAUACUGCUGUGCUAAGAGAUAAACAAGCUUGAAAGUAAACCAGCUUGUGCACAUUAUCGAUUCUGGAAGAGGACAUUUCUCCUAAUAGUGGUUUGAUAAGAUUUCUAAGGAAAAAAUUAUCGUAUCUGAUAUUUUACAAAUAUCAGAUGAACUAGUGGUGCUUCUGCUUUCCUAGAAAAGCCAGGAAGUGCUUAUUUUUAAAAUUCUGAAGUAUAGGAUAUUUACACAAGGAAGAAUUGAAACAUUUUAUUUUGAUCUUAAGACUUGAGUUUUGCACUCUCUAUUCCCAGACACAUUCUUUUUGUGUCAGAGGCGUGGAACUAAAACCUUGCAAGCGACAUUCCUUGAAGAUAAAUAUUAAAUCUGCACCCCAAACAAUUUCCUAGAUUUUUUUGCAGUUGGGGUCUUUUAUUUAUAUCCUUUGGAAAUGUGAGUUAAAAAGGCAUUUCUGUAAUUUGAUAACAAAGAAGUGCUUUUUUUUUUUUUUAAUUUUGCCUAUCAGUUGUUGGAUUUAAAUGGCUAAAUUUUAGUGAAAGUAUUAAUUGUCCUUGAGUUCUUAUUUGACUGUGAUUAGUUGAGAUUUUUUGUUCUAUUUAUGUAUGGCAGUUUUGAAAUUCAAAGACAUUCUUUGUAUUCCUGUAGCAUGCCCUGCUUUGUACUCUUAAAAAAUAGCUUAUUUCAGUUGUUACUAAGGGGAUAUACUGUAAUAACCAGGAAACUUGCUCACUCCAGGGAGAGUGUGCACUAUUUUCUGCAAAACAGAUUAAACAGUUCCUACUGUGGUGUACAGUUAAGCACAGUUACCUUAAUUACAAACAAGUAAGACUACACUGUUUUUUCUGCUUCUGCAGUGUAUGUGAGCAACUUUGUGCCUGUGCUUGUUUGGGUGGAUGAGCUUUCUCUUUUAUUCCAUUUAUUUAAUAAAUACUUAUGUUAACA